GCAGGUCAAGUGGAACGCUGCGAGAUUUAUCAGGAGACCUCCAGGGAGCUGCUUCAAAAGCACCGACAGGAACUCCAAGGUUCGGUGGUGACCGCUUUGGAAGAAGAUUUGCAGAUAUCCAUGGCCCUUUUUGAUGCUGGAAAAAAUGAGGUGAAUCAGCUGGCAUGGGCUUUCCGCAGAGCCUUCGAUGAACAACUGGCGGCCGAGGAGUCUGCCGUAUCAUCUGCGAAGAUGAUGAUUGCCGCGGCGAUUCGUCGAGGCGUCCCAUUGUACAACAGUGGCAAUGCCAGUGGCUGUGCCGAGGUCUAUGCCGAGACGGCGCGAAAGCUUCUGAGCGGAGCGGGAGGCCCACUGAGCUCCAACGUCCAAGCUGCACUGCAGCAGGCGGUAGACACUCCAUCUGAACCAGACGCGCGAGCCUGGGCCCUGCGGAGAGCUUUAGAUGCAGCUUCCAACCAGGUCUCUGUUGACAUUCGCUCCAGAGAUAAGUCCCGUGCCUUCCGUCCCGGGCUACUUCGUGAUUUCAUCACAAAUCAAGGAUUGGAGAUCGCCGCCUUCGUGGUGAAUGACACCGUCAUGGGAGGGCGGUCUGAUAGUGAAGUGCUGACUUCACAGGCUUGCGCACCCGCCGGCAGUUCGCUUUUCCUAGGGUGCCGUUUUCCGUGGCAGCGUCACCAAGCGCGGCGGCGGCGGCUUUGCAUCGGCCAGAUUCCAACCACGGGAUCGCAGGGAUUUCCUGGCGAUGCUUCGUGGUGCGGAGGGGCUUGUCGUCAAGCUUCAAAGGUGUCAGGGCGCAGCCGGCUGGAAACUCCAACUGAACAGCCACGAGAAGCAGUGGCAGCAGGACUUUUCCUUGCGAGGUACACAAGAGGAG